GCUGCGCAAUCGCCCGGAGUCAGCAAUAGCUGCGUGACUCUUGCUUUGACGUUGUCGACGACUGGGCAAGAUGUUGACUAAGACAGUGCUGCUAUUCACGGUGGCAGCUUGCGCACUGGCUGCACCUUCCUACACACUUAACGAAGGCACGGCUGAGACUCAUCAAUUCAGCUUUGAUCUGUCGAAUAAGCUCAGCGGUAUCCGCGAGAAGUUGAGCGACAUCAUCCGUGUCGAUGACGCUAGACACACUGGCUUCAACCGCGGACCACCGCCAGUAGUCGAUCUGACAAAAUACACCAUCGCCGAGAUCCUGAACUACUCCCUUUCGCACGAGGGACAUGGACACCUCAAGAAGCUCGCCUAUGUCAUCAAUAAGAUUCCUGCCAUACAGGACGCACUCAAUGAUACAUCGGCCACCUUGACGCUCUUUGCCCCGGAUGAUCGUGCGCUCACGCCUCCGCAUCGCCGCGGGGACCAUGGCCCGCCUCAUCGGCGUCAUGGCCACCAUGGCAAGCAUGGUAGAGGCGAAGAUGAGAUCGCAAUGACCGUCGAUCGCGAUCAUCCGUUCUUUGCAUUCGACGACCUCUUGUCACAGGCCGCAAGCGAACAGACCGGUUUAUCGGCAGACGAUGACGAAGACAAGGAGAAGCGCAAGGAGAAGCUGCGCAAGAUCGCUACUUACAUCCUGAAGUAUCACGUCGCACCCAAGACAUACUCUACCUCUGAGCUAGCAGAUUCUGCAACGAUUGAGACCAUUCUCGAGCCGCCUCGUUUUGGCAAGGACGAAGAGAAUCCACACUUUCGUCUCAGGACGGAGCCAACUCUCAAAUUCCUCAAGCCGACUGUGCGCGUGAACUUCUACGCUGCGAUUGUCGGACCCCAGCUGAACGCAAAGAAUGGCGUCAUACAUAUCAUCGAUGAGCCGCUCCUGCCUCCUCUUGGCGCCCUCAGUGUAGCCUUGGCGUUCCCAGACGCAUUCUCUGCCUUUUCCUCUGCUCAGCUCUACACUGGCAUCGAUGAGCUUCUCGCUCCCUGGCUGCGCGAUCUUGGCCCUACGCCGUCGCCGUCUGAUGACGAAGUGAACAAAGAUGCUGAAUCGAUCCUUCGCGAGAUUGUGCACGAGCAGAAGGACAAGUAUGCCAAUGCGAUAAGCAGCUACACGCUUUUUGCACCUACUAAUGGCGCCUUCAAACGGCUGCCAACGCCUCUCAAGAUCUUCCUGUUCUCGCCGUUUGGUCGGGGUCUACUCAAGCGGGCUCUGUAUUACCAUGUCGUGCCGCACAUCAUCUUUCAUUCGGAUCACAUCAGCAAUCUGACAGAUGUAAAGACAUCUGCUGUCAUGCCCACUCGCUUGCCUGUCGAAGGUUCUCGUGAGGUCUUUGAGCAGCUGCGAGUCGAAGCUGCGACACUGUUCGGCCAGUCAUCCGAUUGCCUGACCGUUCACGGCAAAGAUGACCGACCAUCGCUCGAGGCAGAGGCCGACAAGGUCGAGAAGACAACUUUUACUCUGCCUACGCUGUUCAAGCCCAAUUUUAACAAUACCGGAGAAACGAGCAUGCUCGAGGUCGAUCUCUACAAAUACCGGCUCCUUUACAACAAAGGCCCGAUCGCUCGUCGACUCUAUGUUGGCGGCGCUGGCGAAGAGGAACACGACGAGGCAGAGCCUGCGAAGACGUACGUCAUUGCCGCCGACGUGCCUGCCUGGACAUCGGCCAUUCAUGUCAUUCCGACACUGCUCAAGCCACCCUUCAACAUCUCGCACGAACACGAGCACGCAUCUGGCCGCCAUCCCGAGGAGGCUCGUUUCGAGCGGAUGCUGAUCGAUGCGCUUAUGUAGUGCACCCGUCGCUCGCCGGCUUUCGACUUUCUUUUAGCAUACUAUCCGAAUACUGCGCCUCCUGACGUGUGCAGACCUAUGUGCACAUCUAUGAAAACC